AUGGCGGACGUGGCAAAAGGUUUCCACGACCUUAACCGAAGAAUGGAUACUUUCGAGAAGAGAGUAGGCGAGUCUCUGGAAAAGAUAACGCUGAAAACGAUGAAAACGGAAUGGACGGACGUGGUUAGAAAAUCAAAGAAUCAAAAGAAUCAGCCAGCGCCAGAAGAGGUUCCCACAACAUAUAAGGUUGGUGGAAGGAAAAAGACCAAAAAACGGAACCCCGCAAUCGUGGUGGACUCAAAACCUGAGGACUUCCCUGCACUGGUGAAAAAAAUCAGCAAAGAUGUAGACCAGCAGGUGAUAGGAAACAAAAUAGUAGCUAUGCGACAAACCAGACAAGGCGCUAUGCUGAUAGAAAUCAGUGGUGAUGCAACAACGGUAGAAGCAGUCAAGACCGAAAUCACCAAAGCUGCGGGUGAAGGCGCAAGCAUCCGAACCUUGUCUCAAAGGUGCCUGCUUGAGAUAAAGGGUAUAACGAGCUGGUCUGACAAGGAAGACGUAGUCCAAGCAAUAGUAUGUGCACACAAAGUGAGUCAUGGAGACGUCAAUGUGAUAAACAUUAGGAAAAUUUACGGAGGAGUACUCGCAGCGAUUGUCUUGGUCCGACAAUCUAUAGCCGAUCAAAUCGUAACAGUAGGCCGCUUAAAAGUUGGCAUGGUAUACUGUGAAGCAAGAAUUUGCGAAAAACGAGUUAAGUGUUAUAGGUGCCUAGUCGCAGGGCAUGAAUCUCGAAAUUGUGCGGGUCCCAGCAGGGAGAAAUGCUGUCGUAAAUGUGGAAGAGACGGGCACUUCGCAGCAAAGUGUGAUGCCGACCAAGAAGCGGUGGAAGUCUUUAGGAGACUACUCCAGAAGGAAUCCACCUGGAAACCCGGGCGAAUUACUGGUGGAAAAAAAUCUGGUGAUAAAUAUUGA